GAAAACAUAUGAGCAGUAACAAGUUUUAAUCUCGCUCUUCAGUACUAACAUGGACUAAUCUGUGGAAGCAGUUUAUUCCAGUAUCACCCAGGACGCAGCCACACCAGAGGCUGUGUUAGGCAGGCUGUUUUUUCCUUUUCUUUAAAUGUAACACUUCUUUAUCUUUUCUUCUUAAAGAGUCUUAAGGAACUUGCAUUGUAGCUAAGUAGUACAGGGUGGAUAACUUCUUUGAAGAGAACUUCUUUCCUGACAAGGUUGAACUUUACACAGGACAACAUGAAGGAGUAUAUGAUGCUACUGCUCUUGGCUGUGUGCUCUGCCAAACCCUUCUCUAGCCCUUCACACACAGAACUGAAGAAUAUGAUGUUGAAGGAUAUGGAAGACACAGAUGAUGACGACGAUGACAACAAUUCUCUUUUUCCAACAAAAGAGCCAGUGAACCCCUUUUUCCCUUUUGAUUUGUUUCCAACAUGUCCAUUUGGGUGUCAAUGUUACUCUCGAGUUGUCCACUGCUCUGAUCUAGGUUUGACUUCGGUCCCAAGCAACAUACCAUUUGACACGCGGAUGGUUGAUCUUCAAAAUAACAAAAUUAAGGAAAUUAAAGAAAAUGAUUUUAGAGGACUCACUUCACUUUAUGCUCUGAUUCUGAACAACAACAAGCUAACAAAGAUUCACCCAAAAACCUUUCUAACCACAAAGAAGUUGAGAAGGUUGUAUUUAUCCCAUAAUCAACUAAGUGAAAUUCCACUUAACCUUCCCAAAUCAUUAGCAGAACUCAGAAUUCAUGAUAAUAAAGUUAAGAAAAUACAAAAAGACACGUUCAAAGGAAUGAAUGCUUUACAUGUUUUGGAAAUGAGUGCAAACCCUCUUGAUAACAAUGGAAUAGAACCAGGAGCAUUUGAAGGGGUGACAGUAUUCCAUAUCAGGAUUGCUGAGGCAAAACUAACCUCAAUCCCAAAAGUUCCUCAUCCACAACAGAUAAUCUUCCUUCAUUAUAAUUCAAUUACGAAAGUGGGGGUGAAUGACUUCUGUCCAACAGUGCCAAAGAUGAAGAAAUCGUUGUACAGUGCAAUAAGUCUAUUCAACAACCCAGUGAAGUACUGGGAAAUACAACCUGCAACAUUUCGUUGUGUUCUCAGCAGAAUGAGUGUUCAGCUUGGGAAUGUUGGAAAAUAAUCAUUAAUGAUGUCUAUUGAAUAUAAGAUUCAAACUGUAUUCAUUUGGAAUACUUGAACUGUACUAAUAAUGGUAGUAUGUUAUAAAUAAGCAAAACUCUAUUCCAUAUGGUCAAUGACAAAAAAUUUCAGCAGAAUUUUGCCCAACCAUCAAUAUUCAGAAUAAACCUCUAUUGCAGUGUCACUUUGCACAUGAGUGGUUCUGUAUACAUCUUCUGCUUGAACAUUCUUUUCUCAGCAACAAAAAGAUGGAUAUUCCGUAUUUAACCCUUCAUUAUCAAGUGUGUUAAACAGAACUGUACUGUAAACAAAAUGCUUGACUUAGUAACAUUUGUGCCCUUUCUUUGCUAUUAGAAAAACAAAGCUGGCAAGAAUAGCACUAUGAAGACUACAUGUAUUUUUAGUAUCAUUUUAAUAACUUGGAUAGUACUGUAAUAUUUCUAAUAAUGUUGAAAUACAGUUUGACAAAAUCAUACUGAAAUUCUCAACUCAUAAUAAAAGUUCAAGUAUUCACUAUCAACUCAACAGUAAUAUUCAUAAGAGUUAGUUUUGGAGCCAUAAUACAUGACUUUCUUUUUUAAUUAUUAUCUGGUCAUAAAACUGUAAAAUGUAAUGAUUGCUUAUAUAAAAUUUAUAAUGUGCAUUUUUAUAAUCAGUUAUAUAAGUUUUUAAGAACACAGCAGCAACUGUUAGGUUACAUAGCGUCGUCACAUCAACUAAGAAUAUUUCGGGAUAUUCCUUUGGAAGAGUAUGGAUGCCAAUCAACUUUGUACCAGCUUGUCUCUUCUAACUCGUCUCUUCAAAUAUGCAAACUGGAUAACUCUGAGAAAUGCAUCUAGGCUUACAAAAACGGAAAGCUCUGAACAAAACUCAUGUGUUUAUUUUACUGAUAUUCAAUAUGAAUUGAGUAAAAUUUAAAAAUAAGGAAAACAUUAUUAAAAUCUAGUUUUAAACAAAAUA